AUGGAAAAUGCCUUGAAUUGGAGCAGUAUAGGCAAGAAAAUGAAGUUUUUGUUCUGGAUUGCGCCUGUUCUGGCAAUCCUACUGCUUGAUUUUACUGUCCAGCGUGGCAAUUCGUUUGGCGAUAAGAGCAUCGACAAAAAGCCUUAUGUGAAGAGAGAUGGCUUCGAGAUGACCGUGGAGAACGAACGGAUGUUCUAUGUGGCUCAAUUGGAGAUUGGCUCGCUGAAGGAUAAAGUGGAGGUUUUGGUUGAUACGGGUUCUUCUGAUCUUUGGGUUCCUUCGAACAACUGCAGUGCAGAUUCGCCUUAUUCGUAUAAGAAGAGAGCGAACAAUAAGAGAAGAGUGUUGGAUUACCUUCCUGCUACUGUAGGUGGGAAACCGGAGUCUGGAGCAAAGGGUGUGCUUCCUCACGGUCCAGGGAAAGUCAAGUCGGUGGUCAAUAAAGUGGCUGUUCCUACGCAAACUGAAAGCGUAUCGACAAUGACAGAGAACGUCGAUGGAGUGAAUAAGUACUACUACACAACGUACUACUACACGUUGAAUUAUUACUCCUACUAUACCAACUACUAUACUUACGACUACUAUUCGGAUUAUUACUCCGACUAUUACUCGAGUUACGACGCCUACUACUCGGAUUACUACUCCCGUUCGUACCGCCAGUACACCCUGUUGUUGUCUGACUAUUACCUGAACUACUACCAGUCCUACUCGGAUUAUUACCUGUCUUACUAUGGUCACUACUACCCAUCGAGAAGUUAUGCUGGUCGCUCGAGCGAUAUCUCGGCAUGUACCCUGUACGGUACUUACAAUACUGGCAAGUCCGAUUCGUUCAAGAGAAACGACACUUUGGGUGAAUUCGCUAUCAACUAUGGUGAUGGUUCAUAUGCUUUUGGUGAGUACGUUGUUGACGAUGUUUCUGUUGGAGGCCAGAAGGUCAAGGGUCUCAAUUUCGCCGUUUGUGACGAUACAGACUCUGAAGUUGGGGUUCUUGGUAUUGGGCUUCCUGCCUUGGAAGCAUCGUACUACUUGGGUGCCAAGGAUAAAUCUUACUCAAACCAGUAUGAGAACCUUCCCAUGCUCCUUAAGCUGCAAGGAGUGAUCAAGAAGAACAUGUACUCUGUUUCCUUGGGUAAGAACAAUGCCCUGGAGGGAAGUGUGCUUUUUGGUGCUGUGGACCAUUCAAAGUAUACUGGAUCUCUCCAGAAAGUGAAGUUUCUUAAUCGUUACGAGAAGGUGGGCGAGAAGAACCCUGUCUACCUUGAAAUUGCCAUGGAUUCCAUUAGUGGUAAGAACCUUGCAGUGAACUACAGGACAUCGGUUUUGCUUGAUACUGGUGCUUCCAAUAACUACUUGCCUCAUGAGUAUGUGAGCCGUAUUGGUAAACUCUUGGGAGGCUCCGAAUCUUCAAGCUACGGCUACUGGGAGGUCCCAUGCAAGCACUUGGACCUGGACGAAGAGCUUACUUUCGAUUUUAGUGGAAUCAAGAUCAAGAUUCCUAUCAAGAGUCUUAUCAUGGAGUCCACCUCUUCGUCUUACUGCUACUUGGGUAUUUUCGAAGACGAAAAGACGCCUACUUUGGGUGACAGUUUCCUUCGUAAUGUCUAUGCCGUCUAUGAUUUGGAGAACUACGAAGUUGCCUUGGCACAGGCUGCUGAUGGUUCUGAUGAUCUGGAUAUUGAAGAAGUGUCGAGUGAUAUUCCAAGUGCUCUGACUGCUCUGCGUUACGACUUCACGUCUAUCAGUGCGAUGUUUGAGUACACAGAUUUGGGUUCAAGGUCCCGUUUGACGCUCUACACUGAGCUGUUCAACAACAUCGCUCCUACAGCCACCCCUGAAAGUACUGACGACUCGUUCUCGCUUUUGACGAAUUCAGACUUGUACACUUAUUCUACCAGAUCAAGACGUACCUACACUCCGCUUGCCUCACGAAACGCAACGUCUCUCUUCAAUACCGCCGACCAUGGUCCAACUGGAAGCAUGUCUUCUGCCACCUUCACUCGUGGAGCUGACUCCACGCUGGAAAAAGGUGACGCCGCAAUGCCUGGUGCUACGGGUCUACUUUAUACGCUUCUUGCUAUUCUUUCCGCCCUCCUGAUUAUUUGA